UCUUGAUUUUUGAUAUGAUCUGGAUUUGAUGCAUAUUUGAUGUGCUUUAAAAUGUGUUUAAAAUGUUUAUUGAUUCUUAUUUUACUUGAUAUAAACAGAUAUAAAUGUUAACUUGGACUACCAACUGGAGUUCUUACUGAUUGUGUGGUAAUAAUGCUAGUUAGAAUCCAGCAACAAAACUAGUUAGGUUGUACUGGAUUGCAUUAAUUCUUGUCUGCAACUGUGGAUUUUUGUAUUAUCCCAGAUAACACAAUUCCUUCCUAUAUUAAAUUGAUGCCCAUUACACCCUUGAUUAUGAUGCUUACACAUACCGAAUAUACUUUACAACUGAGAAUUAUAACUGAAAAGCAACUGGUUUAAUAUCUCUAUAGAUACUGUUAUUUUUUAUUGGAAACUAUGGACGAUAUAGAUGAAGUGAUAGAAUUAAAACCUGAAGAUAUUGAUUUGUAUUCUACAGACAAACCGGAUUUGAUAGAUAUCACUUCAUUAAAAGUGGAAGAAAAUUUAGAUCUUGCAGAGUCAACUAUAGAUAAACUUUCAGCAAUUUCAGGCACAACAGAUACUGCUUUGAACAUUAAACCAAUUAGUGUAGAGCAUAUUAAAGAAGAAAAUAAUAUUACUGACUUAGUAAGUUUGGAUAUUGUUAAACAAGAAAAUAAUGUUCCAGAACUUCCAGAAGAGAAUAUAAAUGUAAGGUCAUCACAUAUUAAUCUAAAACUUUCAUUACAUUGUAACAGAUCUAAGGAAGCUUCGAACGAAAAAUUAAUAGACAUAGUAGACAUCAAAGAAGAAAAUGAUAAUAGCGAUAAAAAUCUAAAUAGUACAGAAAAAAUAGUAAACCUGGCAAAGGAAUUGAAGGAAUCGCAGAAAGAGAUCUAUAGAUGUUCGACAUGUAGCUAUAAAACGCCACAUAAGUACAGUCUUAAGAAACACCAGAAAAUUCACUUGGCACAAGAAGAACGACAGUUGUUUGCUUGUCCUCACUGUGACAACAUAUAUACGAGUAAACAUGGCUUACAAUACCACCUUGCGCAUAAUCAUAUCGAUUCCAGGGCGAAGGCAUUGAAGAAAUCGCAGAAAAAGGUCUCUAGAUGUAGAUGUUCCAUAUGUAGCCGUAAAACUCCACAUAAUGUCACUUUUAACAAGCACAAGCAAAUUGACUUGCCACCGGAAGAACGACAGUUGGAGGAAUUGCAGAAAAAAGUCCAUAGAUGUUCCAUGUGUAGCUAUAAAACGCCACAUAAUUUCCAUCUUAACGAGCACAAGAAAAUUCACUUGCCACCGGAAGAACGACGGUUGUUUGGUUGUGCGCACUGCGAUAAGAAAUAUAUGAGUAAAAGAACCUUACAAGUUCACCUUCAUAUUGAUCAUACUGAUUCCAGGGCGAAGGGCCUGAAGGAAUCGCAGAAAAAGAUCUAUAGAUGUUCCAUAUGUAGCUACCAAACGCCUUAUAAGUCCUAUCUUAACGCACACAAUAAUAUUCACUUGCCACCGGAAGAACGACAGUUGAAGGUCUAUAGAUGUUCCAUGUGUAGCUAUAAAACGCCACAUAAUUUCCGUCUUAACGAGCACAAUAAAAUUCACUUGGCACCUGAAGAACGACGGAUGUUUGCUUGUCCGCAUUGCGACAAAACGUAUACAAGAAAACAACGCUUACGAGACCACCUUGAGAAUCAUCAUAUUGAUUUGAGAAAUCCUGAUGGUACAUCUGUAACUGAAGAAGUGAUACUAGAUUCUUUAAAAAUUGAAAUUGAUGAUCACACUCCACUUAAGGACGAGUUUAAAAAUACUGAAUGUCUUAUUGCGACUAAUCAAAUAAAAUCAGAAGAUCUUUUAAAAUUAGAACCUGAUGAUGUCGCUCCGAUUCAGCAUAAAGGCUUGCAGGAUGACUUCAAAAAUACUGAAUGUCUUAUUGCAACUAAUGAACUAAAAUCAGAAGAUCUUUUAAAGUUAGAACCUGAUGAUGUCGCUCCGAUUCAGCAUAAAGGCUUGCAGGAUGACUUCAAAAAUACUGAAUGUCUUAUUGCGACUAAUCAGAUAAAUUCAGAAGAUCUUUUAAAAUUAGAACCUGAUGAUGUCGCCCCGAUUCAGCAUAAAGAUUUGCACGAUGACUUUAAGGCCUACUUUAGGGUAAAGACAUUGAAGAAAUCGCAGAAAAAGGUGGCUAGAUGUAGAUGUUCCAUAUGUAGUCGUAAAACGCCACAUAAUUUGACGCUUAACAAGCACAAGCAAAUUCACUUGCCACCGGAAGAACGACAGUUGAAGGAAUUGCAGAGAAAGGUCUAUAGAUGUUCCACAUGUAGCUACCGAACGCCAUAUAAGUCCCAUCUUAACACACACAAGAACAUUCAUUUGCCACCGGAAAAACGACAGUUGAAGGAAUUGCGGAGAAAGGUCUAUAGAUGUUCCACAUGUAGCUACCGAACGCCAUAUAAGUCCCAUUUUAACACACACAAGAACGUUCAUUUGCCACCGAAAGAACGACAGUUGGAGGAAUUGCAGAAAAAGGUCUAUAGAUGUUGCACAUGUAGCUAUCAAACAACAAAUAAGUCCAAUUUUAACAGCCACAAUAAAAUUCACUUGGCACCUGAAGAACGACGGAUGUUUGCUUGUCCGCAUUGCGACAAUACAUAUACAAGAAGACACCGCUUACGGUACCACCUUGAGAAUCAUCAUAUUGAUUUGAGCCACAAGAAAAUUCACUUGGCACCUGAAGAACGACAGAUGUUCGCUUGUCUGCAUUGCGGCAAAACAUAUACAAGAAAACAACGCUUACGAGACCACCUUCAGAAUCAUCAUAUUGAUUUGAGCCACAAGAAAAUUCACUUGGCACCUGAAGAACGACAGAUGUUUGCUUGUCUGCAUUGCGAAAAAACAUAUACAAGAAAACAACGCUUACAAUCCCACCUUGAGAAUAAUCAUAUUGAUUCGAGGUCGAGAAAUGUUGAUUGUACAUCUAUAACUCAUGAAGUGAUAUUAGAUUCUUUAAAAAUUGAAAUUGAUGAUAACACUCCACUUAAGCACGAGUUUAAAAAUUCUCAAUGUCUGUCUGUGAAUGAGGUAAAACCUUUUUUAAAAGUAGAACCUGAUGAUGUUGCUCCAAUUUUGCAUAAAAAUUUGCAGGAUGACUUUAAAAAUGCCGAAAAUUUAUCUGUCGCUAAAAAGGUAAAGUUGGAAGAUUUUAUAAAAAUGGAACCUGACGAUGACUCCGUUUCUUGAUGAAGACGCGUUUUUCAACGAAGAAGAGAAUAUUCAUAAUCUUAAAAUUUUUGUUUCAAAAAUCAUGAAAUAACUACUUGGUUACUUUUAAACCGCCAUAACUCUUUAGUGUGUUCUGUGGCCAUAACUUUCAUAAGUUUAUGUUGAUCACAAAACAUCCCCCUUUAGAACUUCAUCUGUCAUGUUAAGAAAUGAAAGUAAAUAAUAAAGCGCCUCUCGUGUUUGU